GGGAACUUCAGCACCCGGCCCGGCACCCUCUGUAGCGGCUGCCACCCUUCCCGCUGCCGACCAGGUUCCUGAGGGCCUGAAGGGGUGGGGGAGUGGGAAGGGCUCUCGCGCUACCGCCCGCCUCCUCGCGCAGCGACCGUUGUGCUCCGCGUCUGGUGAGGGGAGCGGCGCAACCCCCGUCCCGCCGCCGGCUGUCCCUCACGGGGGGAGGGAGGGAGGGAGAGACCAGGCCGCCUCCUCCUCUGCCAAUCUACCCGCUCACGCAGGGUGUGGGGGCCCCCUCAGGGAAGAAGCAACCUCCUGCGCACCCCCGCCAUUCCCUCGCCUGCCGAACAGGUGUAGGCGGCUCCCGCCCCCUGCUCGGCCGGCCUCCUCGGAACCUGCCCUUGGGGCGGAGAGGCCUGAGGGGAGAGAGGACCUUGCCGGGUGCCUCCCCCGGCUAGUCUGCGGACGAGGACGGUGUCGAGCACGGCGGCAGGGAAAUUAAUCCGUUGCUAUGGGUUUAUUGGCAAUGACAAGCACCCGGCGCCCUUCUGCGCAAACCAUGCAGGAUGAUUUACUGAUGGACAAAAGCAAAGCCCAGCCCCAGCAGCAGCGGCAGCAGCAGCAGCAAGAUCCAAACUCAGCAGAAGCCCCCUCUACACCUAUCUCGUCGGAGACACCCAAACCAGAAGACAACAGUUCAGUGACUAGUAUCGGCACAUCAGCUCCUUCCCAAAAUAGCAAGGAGAAGAUGCAGAUGGAGUCUCCCAUUUUGCCUGGCUUGAGCUUUCACCAGCCUCAACAAGAACCUGCAGCCGGCACCUCCUUGUCUCCCUCCUUCGGCAGCACCUGGUCUACAGGGACCACAAACACAGUGGAUGAUAGCUUUUUCCAAGGGAUUACCCCAGUCAAUGGGACAAUGCUUUUCCAGAAUUUUCCACACCAUGUCAACCCUGUAUUUGGUGGCACUUUCUCGCCUCAAAUUGGCCUAGCUCAGACUCAACAUCACCAACAUCAGCAGCAGCAGCAGCAAGCGCAGCAGCAGCAGCAGCAGCGGAGGUCACCUGUAAGCCCUAAUCAGGCACCUUUUGCUCAGAGAAAUGCUGCUUACAGCCAUCAGCCCAUCAUGACCAGCAAACCGUCUUCCUCUUCUGCCUCCUCUUCUUCCUCCUCCAGCUGGAAUAACCAUCAAAAUGCAGCUUGGAGUACACCUUCCAACCCUUGGGGUGGGCUGCAGGCUGGUAGGGACCCUCGAAGGGCAGUUGGAGUGGGGGUCGGUGUGGGAGUGGGUGUCGGCGUACCCUCCCCCCUCAAUCCCAUUUCACCCCUUAAAAAACCGUUCUCCAGCAAUGUCAUUGCCCCUCCGAAGUUCCCACGGGCUGCACCCUUAACCCCCAAAUCCUGGAUGGAAGACAACGCGUUCAGGACGGACAAUGGCAACAAUCUGUUGCCUUUUCAGGACCGGAAUAGGCCCUAUGACACUUUUAACUUGCACUCUUUGGAAAAUUCCUUAAUGGAUAUGAUAAGGACUGAUCAUGAGCCUCUGAAAGGUAAACACUACCCUCCCAGUGGCCCACCAAUGAGUUUCGCUGAUAUAAUGUGGAGGAAUCAUUUUACAGGUCGUAUGGGAAUAAACUUCCAUCAUCCAGGAACAGACAAUAUUAUGGCUCUUAAUACCAGGAGCUAUGGGCGGAGAAGAGGUCGGUCUUCACUCUUUCCUUUUGAAGAUGGCUUCCUAGACGACAGUCAUGGUGAUCAGUCUUUAUCAUCGGGUCUCAGCUCUCCAACACGCUGUCAGAAUGGUGAAAGAGUGGAACGCUAUUCUAGAAAAGUGUUUGUUGGAGGUCUUCCUCCUGACAUUGAUGAAGAUGAGAUCACUGCCAGCUUUCGUAGGUUUGGACCUCUUGUGGUGGACUGGCCUCACAAAGCUGAAAGCAAGUCAUAUUUUCCACCUAAAGGUUAUGCCUUUCUGCUGUUCCAGGAAGAAAGCUCUGUACAAGCUCUGAUAGAUGCCUGUCUGGAAGAAGAUGGGAAACUUUACCUGUGUGUGUCAAGUCCCACAAUCAAGGAUAAACCAGUGCAAAUUCGACCUUGGAACCUAAGUGACAGUGACUUUGUGAUGGAUGGGUCUCAGCCUUUGGAUCCAAGAAAAACUAUCUUUGUUGGAGGAGUUCCACGGCCCCUCCGAGCUGUUGAAUUGGCAAUGAUUAUGGACCGUUUAUAUGGAGGUGUCUGCUAUGCUGGCAUUGAUACAGACCCAGAGUUGAAGUACCCAAAAGGCGCUGGCAGAGUGGCUUUCUCCAAUCAGCAGAGCUAUAUUGCUGCCAUCAGUGCUCGCUUUGUCCAGCUCCAACAUAAUGACAUUGAUAAACGGGUGGAAGUGAAGCCAUAUGUGCUGGAUGAUCAGAUGUGUGAUGAAUGCCAGGGCACUCGCUGUGGUGGAAAAUUUGCUCCGUUCUUUUGUGCCAAUGUUACCUGUUUGCAGUAUUACUGUGAAUACUGCUGGGCAAGCAUACACUCUCGUGCUGGGCGAGAGUUCCACAAACCACUGGUAAAGGAGGGAGGUGACCGGCCCCGCCACGUCCCAUUCCGCUGGAGCUGAACCCCAGGCCUCACCCAGAACAAGUACUGGAGUAGUAAAAUCGAAUGAAAAGAGAGCGCUGCCUCAGGGCUUAGUGUUCUGGAAAUCUGUGCAUUCGUCCUCGACUUUAAUGAAGAUAUGGGUCUUUUUAUUACUAUUAUUAUUAUUUACAGUCACAUUACUGAACUCAGUGUCCAGUAUAAUACAAACCGGCAGAGUGUAACUGUACUGAUUUUGCACUUUGAUUCACACAAACAUCUGCUUGGUACCUUAAUUUCCUACACAAGACUUGUCACUAGUGACAUUAUGUAGACUGCCAUUCUCAUCAGCCUUCACUGGGUUGAUGUGUAUGUGAUGAAGAUUUUUUUAUUAUAAUUAGAAUUAUUUUUAUUUUUAAACUGGAGCAUGCACUUAUUUUCAGAAAUUUAGACUUGCCCCUAGCAGAUGACUUACCAAAGGUAAUAUUCACAAGUAGGUGGCAGAUGUAGCAAAAACUUAAACAGAUAUUCAGCAAUCAUUAGUUUGGGUCAUUCAGAGUAGUAAUAACCCUUAAAGAAAAUAAGACUUUAGUUGCUCUCCAUUUUGACUUGUAAGGAUUAUACCUCAUAAGCUGGAUCAGACUUUUUUCUUUUGUUUUGCAGAGGGUUUUUUUUGUUUGUUUUGUUUUUGUUUUGGUUUGGUUUUUGUUAGGUCUUUUAGUGUUAUGUAAAUGUAUGCUGCAAUAGCUUUUGCUGCUAUUAAAAUGGUAUUACUAAUACCAUAAUACUCUAUUCAGGCUAGGGUAUCAAUUAAAAAAUGAAUAUGUGAUUAAAAUAGUGAUGGCUGCUGAAAGGAGAUCAGUAUAGCAUACAGAAAAGCUUCCAAGGAAGGUCAAUACUUUUUGACUGCAUGUUUACUUAAUCAGGUUGCUGCAUGCAAUAAAUUUUAUAUACAUCUAAUAUAAAACUGCCCACAAUGCACAAAUUAUGAAUCUACGUAGGCUACAAAGUACUCAAUAACAAAAAAAAAAAAAUGAUUACUGACUGGAGGAAGGCAUGCCUCAGUAAAUGUAAUGCUUCUGAAAUUAGGAUCAGCCCAUUACAGAUGACCUAUAUUACAACAAAUAUAAAAACUAGCUGUAGGAUAUUCUUAAAACAAAUUUGUGGAUGGUAGAUGAAGUACUUUGCGGUGCUCUGUUAUAUAUCGUGCAAUUUAUUUUAUAUAGUAAAGUGAUUAUGUCUAGUACUGUGAUCAAACGUAACUGUUAAAGCCUCUGUAUCCAACAUUAACACAUUUUUGACAGUUCAUAACAGGUACAUAGAAAGAAAUGAGCUCUUAGUUACAAUCUCUCUCCUAAUGCUUGCAUCAUUUAUGUAGCUGCAGACCUUGUCCAGAAAACCAAAGAGCUCAUGCUAGCAUACAUACACUACCGAUUAGAUAGUCUGUCAAACUAAUAAACUAGGCACAUUUAAGAAAGUCAGGAAAAAAAGUGGUGCUAAAGAAAUGUCUGCAUAUAAAAGCAAGAUGAGAUGUCUGCUCUGUGGAUGUGGCGUUAUCUCUCUAAUCCCUGGAUGUAUCCUGUGAAGCUUGAAUACAAUUAAGACCUGCUAACACAGUGGACAUUUUUUUAGCAUGAACUAUGGGGCUGCAGAUAGCAUAUAAAUAUAAACACACUUGGUAUACUAAUGAUUGUGCAAAUGUGUACACUAUUUUUUUCUUUUUCCUCCUUUGUUUUUGCAGUUCUGGGGACAAUCUGACUGGAUAUGACACCGCAUAGUAGAUUUAAAUGUUCUGGGUUUUGUUUGUUGUGAUGUCCUUGUUUGUGUCUAAUUUAGUAAGUUGUUUUUUCCCAAUGUUUAGUUGCGAGUAUUGGCUUUGAAAGGAUUUUUUUCUGUUUUUGGAAAAAAAAAUAGUUUUUUACUGGUUUAAAAUGCUUAUUAUAAUUAUCCCUUUUGAAGUUACUUCUGGGCGUUAUUGUGAUAUUGCUUUUCCCAGCCCAGGUGUCUUUUUUCUGUUUUUUUCAUCUGUACAAGACAUUUUGUUAUGCACUACUUUUUGUAUCUAGACAGUUUUCAACAGUUGGCUGAUGAUUUUUUUUAAAGAAAAAGGCAUGCUUUCUGACUGACAUGAUCUUUUGCAAUACCUCAAUUUUGAAAUAUAGGAAAGAAAAUGAUAUUUUCUAAGUAAGUUUAUUCAGAAAAAUAUAUAUUAAUUUAAUUCUGCAAGAAAAAUGAUUUAACAGAUGGGUAACUUUAUUUUUUUCAUGCUUAUUUGAGUUUUUUUGAAAAUGAAGAAGUUAAAGCUUUAUAACUGUAAUAUUAAAGAUCAUAGCUAACCUACAGAAAUCUACCUAAUUAUGUGAAAGAAGUAAACCUUUUUGAAGAAAUACCCCUCUUUCACGUAGAAAAAUACCCCCAGAGAGAAA